GUCGCUCGAUGUGGGAUCGUCUCAGGGCCACCACAGCAGAGAGAGAAGACGCUGGAUGACCUUGGUCAAGUUCAAUGCUCGAGGGACCAACAAAGAGAACUAGGGAAGCUGGCUUUAUUCAGUAUGUCUCGUAAACCGGAACAAUACCAAUGUAUUCUCAUUGUCAGAAGUCGGACAUCUUCUGUUCUGAACAAGGCCGCAUGGGAUAAAGGGCGAGGACAAAAGGCUAUUGAACAGAAGGGCGCGGGACAGGCCGGCUUCUUGUCAUCUGUGCUCAUCCCAGAGAAUAUAUAUACGAAAGAAUGCCAGGCAGUCGGACUUCCUUCACCCUACCGUCAUAUUCUUCCCCAAGGUGGUAGGUAUGAGAAUCUCCCCAUAUCGACUAACAAAGCAAAACAGAAGAAUAUCUGGGCAUCUCGAAUUUAUGAGCCCCAACCCGGAACCUCCAGCGAUCCGUCAUCAUCUGGCCAUAAUGAAUUUAGAGACAGCAAGUACGCUUGCGACACAGAAUCCGAGCUGCCGCGAAGGGAGGUCGGUGUCUUCUGCCAUACUAUCACCACCACCACCACCACCACCACCAUCCCUGGUCGACCAAAUCGCUAACCUCCCCAACGAGCUAAAACACCAGGUCAUCGCCGACGCCCUAUGCACACAACGCUGCGUCCUCGGGGUCUUCCUCCCUGAAUGGGAUCUCUGCACCAACGACCCGUGUCGCCGGGCGCUGGACGAGCUCUACGGCCUUCAGCGCAUCGAGACGUACCGGAAAAGCGACGGCUCCCGGGUCGUUCUCUCCGAGCACCAGCAUGUAUGGGGAGACUUCUUGCUCCCGGGGGCGACGACGACGCCCAUUAUGAUGGAAAUCCGGCGCCGCUGGCCUGGGGCUUUUGACGUGGGGUUGGUAGACGCGCUGCGUCGAAGUUCUUCCGUCUUUGUUCCCCCUUUGAUUUCCCCUCAUGCUCAUCAACCUACCUUGUCUACUCGGACUAAUCGGGCGGUACAGAGACACACUACCUUGGUGGGAGGAGACGAACGUGGCCGGGCCGUUCGCGAGAUGGACGGCACGCUGGGGAAGUUGCCGACGUUCCCUCUGCGCGUCAUGGUCCCCGGCUACCUCGGGACCCGCGCCGUAGACACGACGGAUUGGGAUGGUAACGACGGCAUGGCGUGGCUAGAGGCUUCAUCAUCCCUGGGUGACAACAUGGAGACCAUGUUCCUCGACCUGCGUGGUUGCGCGACAGGCGACGUGUCCGUGUCUUCGGUUGUGCAGUUUGCGCGGGAGUUGAGGGGCGUCGGGGUGAGUCUCCGGCGGCUUGUUGUCGCUGGGUUGCGGACGGGGUCCAGGGCGUUUGCCGGCGGCGUUGGUGGAAGAGGAGGCCUCUCUGGCACGGGCACAGCCGAGAUGGAGAUGGAGGGAAUGUUGAGCCCCGAGGGGGAGCUGGUGCUUGUCGACCAAAGGAGUGUUUGGCUUGACUGGGAUUUCUGGGAGCAGGAGGCUGCCGAGGCGGGACUCUAUCCUCUGCAUUCGCCCUGGUCAACCACCUAGCAGAGAAGGUAAGUCAAGUCCAAGAUGCUCUCC